GACACUUUGCGCUUUUUUUCCUACAGGAAAUGUGGGAUCAAGAAAAGAAACACCUUGAGAAAUUCAAUGAAAUUCUUGCUGAGAACAGAGUUCGCCCCACAGCACUGUUACCUUUCUGGAAUAUUGCUGGGUUUGUAUUAGGGGCAUCAUCUGCAUUACUGGGAAAAGAAGGGGCCAUGGCCUGUACUGUGGCAGUGGAAGAGAGUAUCACUGAACACUAUAACAACCAGAUAAGAACUCUGAUGGAGAAGGAACCAGAGAGAUACACUGAACUCUUACAAGUGAUAAAGGAAUUUAGAGAUGAUGAGAUGGAACAUCAUGAUACAGGACUGGCACACGAUGCUGAAAAUGUACCUGGAUACUGGCUAUUAAAAAAUGCAAUACAGUUAGGCUGCAAAGCUGCAAUAUAUGUUUCCCAACGUAUCUAACGCUGUUCUUAAAGCAGUUGAAUUGUUUUGUUAUUCUGACUCAAGUUUGUAAAUGACUUAAUUUGGACCUGUGUUCUCACUCUGCAUCUUUGUAAAUGUAAAUGAAGCACUUCAACACAACGUACCUGUACCUGAUCAUAUCUGUUAAAAUCUCUGUAAUAAAUGUCAGGCCUUGGUUCUGUUUUCUGAAGGCAAAUUUUUACUUUUGUGUUGUGUUACUUUUGUGCUUGCUGCAGGAAGGUCAGUCUGCCUGUCUGAAAAGUGUCAGUGUUGAUGAGAAAGUGAGAAACUGGUGAAAUAAAGAUACUCAUGGACUUUA